AUGGAGUCGGACACUGAUCCCUUUGCCAGCGAUGGCUUCUGGCGACUGUCCAAGUUCAGUGUCGAGGCCUUGCAGCUGCCGUGGAAUGAGACUCUGCCUGACAUCCCAAUAUUGGGGUUGAACAGUUUACUUGUUGAGCCUAGUGUUAAACAGCAACACGACUCGAUCUGGAAACUCGAUUACUUCAGCGAUGUUCCCGGGCCACCGGAGUCGUCUCCCGACUCCAUCAUCGAGCCCUCGAUAGACGGCCAUUCCGAGGCACAGUCUGAUCUCCUCCAAGACGUUUCCGCUGAUGACGAAGAGAAUAUAUGGGCACUGGAACAAUUGAAGGAACUCCCCGGCUACACCUCACCGCUGAAAUCAUGGGAGAAGUACCAGGACCGGUCAUUUCCCCGUCGGAGUGCUCAAAAGAAACCAGGCCGUCUGGUCCGAAACGACGUGUUCAUUCGAUCAUUGCUUCGACUCGGACUUGGCUGGAGCUCGCCGUUUUUCCGCUACAACGAACGGACCAACCAGUUUGAGAGACACCUGACUCACGCGCGCGUCUCAGGUAUUAGCCCGGAGGUCUUGGAGAUCAUCAUCGGAGAUGUGCUACGGUGCGGCACCAACAUGCAGCGACUGCGAGCAUUUGCACAGGCCACUCAGGUCAAGGGCAAGGAAAUGCCUGCUUUGUUCACGCUGAGCAGCGCCACGGCAGUAGUCGUAUACAACCUCGAACAGCAGCUUCUCGAUUAUUCUAGAAACAUUGUUUCACUUUUGCAGACCAAGGCGCUGUUUCAGCGGUGCGGGGACUUGGUUGGCGCCUUGACGGACAUUGUGGACGCGGCUGAGAAAUGCGUUUCGGAGGCUCAGAUCAUCUCGACUGUCAUGGAACGAGCGGCUUUCUGUGCCCAGAGGUUUGGGUGGCUAGAAAAUCUCGUCCAAGAAAUCGUUCUCCGCGUAACGGCGCCUUGGUUCAAAUUCGUCGAGGGCUGGAUUGGUCUUCGGCCGGAGGAACCAGCGUUGGAUGAAGAUGUGGCGAGUGGGAGAACGUUUGUCCAACUCGAAUGCUUUGAGGAGCCUGGCAAGUUCAAGACGGGGCCUGUCCGGAUUGAUUUCAACUACCGCGCAGACCACAUGCCACACACCAUACCUAUUGAUCAAGCGCAUUCAAUUUUCGAGAGUGGAAGAAGUCUUCGGCUGCUCAAACGAUCCCAUCCCCAACAUCCCAUCGGUCGACUUGAUGUGCUUAAUCGUGCGGGUCGUUUGAAUUUGCAAUGUGCGACAGCGUGGGACGAUAUUGAGCGAAUUCAACGGACCGCACAAGAAUACGAAUGCCAACUUCGUGCUGAGAUCCUGAGGUACCAUCGUGGCGAGCCUUGUACACAAGAGACCGAAUCUGAGCCCGUCUUGUCCGAGGCUGAUACCGGCAACGAACAAGAGGAGCUAACGGAAACAUUUGAGCUUUUCGAUAUUGACGACGAGAAGCGUGUGUCGGAAGUCGUUGCGGAUCAAGAAGCUCUCUCCAAAGACAAAUUCUCCGAACUGCUGCACCAAGCCAGAGGCUUUACUCCAGCUUACGAUGACAGCCGUUUUGGGCCGGACUUGACUUCAGGUCUCUAUCUGUCUCUUGCGCCGAUCGUAUCGUCCCAGGCGCUUCUGAUCGACUUUUCAUGUCUCCAUCAUCUUUUUAAAGAGCACAAUAUCCGACACCAUCUCAAUUUACAAUGGCGUUUUCAGCUUCUGGGAGAUGGAUCAUUUGUGUCGCGUCUGUCAAACUCCCUCUUCGACCCUGAAAUGGAGAGCGGAGAACGCAAAGCCGGCGUCAUGCGCAGCGGCGUACAUACAGGGUUGCGCUUGGGCAGCCGUGACACAUGGCCACCCGCCAGCUCAGAGCUUCGCUUGGUCUUGAUCGGACUCCUCGGGGACUGUUACUUUGGUGAAACCGACCCAGAUGCACAAGAUAAGGACAACGAACUGCCGGGCGGAAUGAGCUUCUCAAUUCGUGAAUUGCAUCCCGAUGAAAUCGAGCGCUGCAAAGACCCUAAUGCUAUUGAGGCGCUGGAUUUCCUUCGCCUUCAGUAUAAGCCACCUGAAGUCCUCGAAACUAUCAUCACUACCCGGUCUCUCAAUAAAUAUGACCGUGUUUUCAAGCAUUUGCUUCGCCUCCUUCGCAUGGUAUCAGUCGUCAAGGGCCUGAUUCGCGACUCGACCGUCCGUGGUUCUCUCUCUGGAGACACACGAAAUAUUUCCCAGAAGUUCCGCAUCGACGCUCAACACUUUGUCCUUGCUGUCAGCGACUACUGUUUCCACAUCGGCGUCGGCUCGACCUGGCACCGCUUACAAGAAACCCUCGACAGGAUCGAACGCUGUCUUGACCGCGGUGAUAUCGACGGCACGAUCGAAGCCGCGCACUCGGUGCCCCGACUCCGUGAUUACCACGAGGACAUACUCGACCAAAUGCUGUUCGCCUUCUUCCUCAGUAAGCGACACGCGCAGGCAGCGAAAUUGCUCGACUCCAUUUUCAGCACCAUUCUCGCCUUUAGCCCUAUUUCUAGAGCGGAUGGGCUGAGUGGACUUCGUCAUGAAAGUGAAGGUACCGUUCUCCAUCUGUAUGCUACUUUCCGGAAACAGACCUCUGCUUUCUUGGGUUAUGUACGCGGGCUGGACUCUGGAAAGGCGUCUUCGAAACCUUUUCAUAAAUCUGGGGGGUUUUUUGCUUCAAGAUCUGAAUCCACGAGUGUUUUUGAACAUUUGCGUGUGAGGCUGGACUGGAAGGAAUACUAUUGA